GAGGGGGACACGUCCACUGCUACGGCAGACCUUAUGUAGCUCGGAUGUGGACAUAAACAAAUGUUUCUGAGUGAACAGAAGACGGCAACGUGGAUGAAAAGCUCUGGUCCAACGCUUGCUUGCAUAGAGGAGAUGCAUGUAAGGAAAAAAACUACCAUGAACCAGAAAACACGCAACUAACCAUUGGGACUACGAGCGAAAAUAGCUGUGGUUAGCCCUGGGGGCUAGUUGUCAGUAACCUUAGUUACUAGCUGGAUAGGUUCCGUUAGUGGCGUACUGGUGUGUUGCUGUUGGAUAUUCUGAAGACCACUGUCUUUACUUGUCAUAUCCUUCGGUAAAGAGAGUCUCACUUCCAUGAAUUAGAAUUUCCAGGUGGUCGUAAAAAUGUGGCCGGAGUGAUCCAGGGGUGGGGGGAGAGGGGGAGACGAUGGAUUUCCAGUACGCCAGCUGGUUGCUUCUGGUGGCUCUCUUCUGUGUCUCGCUGGUGGUCGUGCUAGCCUGGCUCGUCCAGUUCUCACUGGCGUUGCUGAGGCCCCGGAGAGGUGCCGUGGUCCAGGGCAGCACAGAGGCCACAUGGCAGCUGCCGCUCAGCCUCACCCACCAGACGCUGACAGGUGGAGUAUGGGGAUCUCUGCUGAGGCUCCGGCUGGGCCGUGACUGCGCGGGAAGUGGCACGCAGGCCGGGGUCAAAGGGCUGCUCUCCUCACUUUUCGCGUUCAAGUCCUUCAGGGAGCACUGGCAGAGAGCGUGGGUGAGAGCACUCAACGAGCAAGGCUGUAGACAAGGGAGCUCAAUUCAAAUCGCUUUCGACGAUAGACUCCAGCUGCCUACCUCUGCGGCCAUCAACCAUGUGACCUGCACAGACCAAUCAGCACACAGCAUGGUUCUGCAGUGCAACUGUUCGGUUGACACGGUAACAUUCCCCGUGACUGUCACUCAGCAGUCACCAGCAGCGGUCUCCAUGGAUACAUACCAGGUUACCAUGGAGCCCAUGCAGGCUCAGUUGCAGGUCUGUCUGGAAGAGGUGGAGGAGGAAGGUCUGCUUGUGUCCUGGACCUUUUCCCAGCAGCCCCUGCUCUCCAUGACCAUGACCCCACGGCAGAGAGUGCACAGAGAGAACUCUGAGUCAGAGGUGGACGUGGACAUGAUUGCGAAGCUAGUGGAGGACGCCUUGUAUGCCACACAGCCUGCCAUGAUCCUCAACCUGAGAGCUUGUGUCUCCAGCCCUGCUUUUCCCAGAGAAAAACCUGAGCUGAGGCAGAACUCUCCCCAGCAGGUCAGUGCUGUCAGACGUCUCCUGGUGCGCCAACUCAAAGCGUCCGGCGUUAGCAAAGCUUGCCAGGGCCAUGCUGGGGAGCUGUGCUGCGUACUGAGCCUGGACAUGCCGGCUCUGGAGAAGAGGACGCGCUUCCUGGCUACCUCGCCGAGUACCGUCACCACACUGGACUGGGCGGAGGACCUCACACUGGAUUUGCAACCAGAAACCAAAGAACUCAAAAUUAGACUUGUGGAACGCAAUAGCAAAGGAGAACAAUUCUUGCCGGGCCACGCCUGCUUAUCUCUGGACCUUGCUGGGAGGAGUCCAAGUGGACAGCACAGGCUGUCCGUCACGCCUGGCCAUGGUCUGCCGCCAAUAGCUACCAUCACCUUGGAGCUCCAGUGUGUGGAGUUGAACGACGCCCGCUCCGCCGCGCCGCUCCACCCCGCACUCACGCCCUCCAAGAAGGUGGAUGUGGACCGCACCGUCAUGCCCGAUGGCACCAUCGUCACCACCGUCACCACCAUCCAGUCACGGCCAAAACUGGACCAUAAGAUGGGAGACUCCCCCUCCAGGUCUCCAUCGAAGGUGGAAGUGAUGGAGAAAAGGCCAACAGUGCUGACGGAGAACUUUCAGAGACGAAGCAGCAUCAGCCCCACCCCUACCCCCAGCACGGAAAGCUCCAUCUCAAAUGGGCUGGACCCUGUAGCAGAGACAGCCAUCCGGCAGCUGACUGAAUCAGCCAGUAAGCCGGUAAAGAAGACACCCACCAAACGCAGCACCCUCAUCAUCUCUGGAGUGUCCAAGGUCCCCAUCACUGAAGACGACUCGCCGCUCUCAGUGGGCUACGCAGCAGCGAUGGACGCCGCCCUGCAGGGGGAGCACUGCGCGGCAGGGGCGCUGAACCAUCACACGGCCACUCCCCACCAGGAUGCGGACGAGACCACACCAUCGGAUGCGUCCGAACGGCCCAGCGUGGAUGACGUGGAGUCGGAGACGGGCUCCACGGGAGCGCUGGAGACCCGCAGCCUCAAAGACCAUAAAGUGGGCUUCCUGCGCAGCGGUACGAAGCUGCUGUUCCGUCGAAGGCACAAGCAGAAGGAGCCCAGCUUCAGCCAGUCCCAUGAGGACGUGUGUAACCUGGGGAAUGACUCGUCCAUGGCCUCUUGCUCCCCCAGCAGCCGCAAGAAGGGUGGCAGCUUCUCGCGCCGCCUGAUCAAGCGCUUCUCCUUCCGCUCCUCUAGGAGCAAGGGCAAGAGCAGCACGGCCAACGGCGGGACUGCCACUGACGACUGAGGCCACGGCGGAUGGAGGGAGGUAGCGAGAGCGGUGAGGAGAGGGAGAGUGGAGAGGGGGAGGGGAAGAGGGGGAGAGAGAGCACAGGAGACGUGGUGCGGGCGCCAGUUGAAUGAACAAGGGGUCAGCGGGAGCGUUUGAGACGGUUCCCGGAGGGCGAGGGUUGUUCGGUCUUCGCUCUGUAAAUGCCCGUAGGAGGCUCUGGCUUUGUGAGAGGGGCCGGCAGGCAGAGGCCGGACCCUCCGUAUAUAACCCGCGCUACCACCGCUGCCCUGCCAGAGUGCUGCGACUGGCGGGCGUCCAAGGAGGAUCGUCCUGAAAGACCUACUGAUUGUCUGAACUGUGUAAUUAAAAAAAAAAAAAAAGACAAAAAACUUCUUCUAAAUGGCUGCUCAUGGGAAUGUUUAGGGAGAACAACAGUGGGUUGGAAAAUAGAGGAGAAAGAAACACUGAACGAAUAGCUCAGCAAAAGAGGGCAACGUGAGCCAAUACUUCUCAAAAAUGUCUGCAUCAUGUUGCUGUGUUUUGGGUUUUUAAAAGUUUUUUUUUUUAACAAUUAUUUAUUUAAUUUUCACCCGUUGCACUUUGGAACCUUAUCUGAUUGUUUACGCCGUUGGGAGCUUUUCUUCACCUGUUUUAUUAUUUUCUGUAUUGUUUACUGUCACUGGCACAAAAUUAUUACUGGGUACCAAACUUGGAGACUUUAUUAGGUGAAUUAUUGUGAGGCUUAUGUUGUGUGCUUUGUUGUUUUGCUGUAGUUAAUAGCAGUUUAGAUCAACACAUUAAGCCCUUAUUUUCAAAUAGUGGUACUACUUUGUGUGGCACAUUCUUCUUUUUUUAAUAUUCAUUUGUUAGAAAAAUACAGAUACACAGGCAUAAUGUGCAUAUCCUACAGUUAAGUUUUGAGUGAAUUUAGGUUGUAAGUUAUGAACUACAUGAAUGGAAAUUAGCAAGGUAAAUUUAACUAUGUUUAUUCUUAAACUUGUGUAAUAAUCAUGGGUCUUUAAAUAAUAUCUAGUUAAGUUUAAAUGUAUUUCAGUUUUCAUGUAUAUGAAAACAACACCUCAGGGGACAUCUUAAUGGUUUCUACCAAUAAUGUUAAAUCCUUUCAAGACAGCUCUUCACACAAAGAAAGAACCUAUCCCAGUCAAUAAGUUAGAAAAUAAUAUUUCCCUUGAAUGAAUUGUGAUCUUGUUUACUUUGCUGCAAUAAACCCAGAUUAUCCUGCAUGUCUACCUUACCCGAUUUAAUCUAAAGGUGUAAAUAUUGAUAAUAGUUCUGGGGGAAGACACUGAUUCUUCCAUUAAUAUUCAAAACUGCACAAAAGCUCAAAUGGCAGCCAUUCAAAGCAUCAGAUCACUUGAUUCUUCUUUAAUUCAGUCACUGAUGACCCAGCUAAAGAGACUUUUACCAUUUAAAAGGAAACUCUGGGGGCAUUUGAAGCUCACCUCAGACUUGUUAAGUGCUGUGAUCUCUGCUGAAACCUGGUUGUGUGAGAACCCUUCCCAAGAUCAGUGAAGUUGUCACUGUCUGCUCAACCCUUCCUCCACUCUUCCUAACAAUGGCUUGCUACCACACAUUCCAUUGUAUCAACUUCUCCACAGAAGUUGUCUUAAAUAAAAGAACAUUUAUGUCAAAGUGGCUUGGUAGAAUUCACAAUGUAAUAAUAGUUUUUGGUUGUAUUUGGAAUCAAUCUCUUGCUCCAUAUAUCCAGUACUCUUUUGAGAGCCUAACUCAAAACUCCAACCAACAUUAUAUUGAUAUCAGACCCUGAAUGUUAUUCUCACUGAUAAAAAACAGUAAGUCACCUAAGGAGAAGGAAUGCCUCUCAGAUAUUUGGAGCUUUAUAUUAUGUGGUUACUUCGAUGUUUAAUUUAUUCUGAAUAAAUUAUUUUUGAAAAUGCA